AUGGCAUACGAACCUAAUCGCCGAGUGUAUCUGUUUGGCACGGGGGGCACCAUCUCAUUCGUCGGCGAAUCUCGCAUGGAUUUCUUCAACUACAGCUACCGGGGACAGCAACUGACCAUACAUGAGAUGCUGGCCCGCGUGCCCGAGGCCUCAGAGUUCGCCGAGGUCAUACCGGAGCAGGUGAUCAACGUGGGCAGCACCGAGGUCUAUCCGCCCCACUGGCUCACCCUGGCGAAACGCAUCAACGAGCAGUUCUCCGCCGACCCGGACGCCGCCGGCGCCGCAGUCACUCACGGCACCGCCACCCUCGAGGAAACGGCCUACUUCCUCAACCUGACCGUGCGGGACCGUCGCCCGGUGGCCGUGACCGGCGCCAUGCGCCCGCCCUCCGCCAUGGGCACUGACGCCGACAACAACCUGUUCGAUGCGGUACGGGUCGCGGCCGCGCCGCAGUCCGCCGGACGCGGCGCGCUGGUGGUGCUGAACAACGAGGUCCAAUCGGCCCGCGACGUGACCAAGACCGACUCCUACCGGGUGGAGACCUUCCAGUCCGGUCACAUGGGCUUCCUCGGGUACGCCGACGCCGACGGCCAGGUAACCUACUAUCGCCGGCCGGAACGACGCCAUACGGCCGAUUCAGAGUUCGACGUGUCCAGCAUCGACGAGUUGCCGCGGGUCGACAUUGCCUACGGUUACGCCGGCGCCGGCAGCACGGUCAUCGACGCCCUGGUCGCGGACGGCGUGGACGGGAUAGUGGCCGCCGGGUUGGGAAGUGGUGGUUCGCCGUCCACGUUCAUGGCCGGCCUGAAACAGGCCCAGGCCGCCGGGGUUCCGGUGGUCCUGUCCACCCACGUCGGCACGGGCCGUGUCGUCCAGACCCGCCGCUUCACCGAGGAAGGCUACAUCGUCGCCGACAACCUGCACCCCAAAAAGGCCCGCAUCCUGCUGAUGCUCGGCCUGACCCAAACCAAAGACCCCGUCGAGCUACAGCGCAUGAUGCUGGAGUACUGA